AGAUCAACCAUCAUUUAUUCGUGUAUUUUUAAGUUAAGUUGCCUUUUUGGUCAACCGAAAAUAAAGUUUUCAUAGAUUCGACAAAUGAAACCUUGUUGAUAGUUCGCUGGAAGUGCAGUUUCGCUUGCAAACGAGUUUGACUUUUUCCAGAAGUUUUUGCAAAUGUGAUUGUAAAUCAUGUAGCAACCGAACAGCUCAAAUGCCCAUUAUCCCGCCAACAUGGUGACUCAAGGCAAGGUCUCUCAAAUUCUAAAGGACCUCACAUCGUCAUCAGAUACUGAAUCGGACGUCAAAGACAACAGUUCAGCUCAGUCCAAAUCCCCUUCGAGAAGAGCGAGUGGCGAGGCUGCUCUUAUAAGAGCAUUCGAACAGAGGCUGAUUUCGUUCACGACAGCCAGAUGGUUCGCUAAGCCAGUUUCGAUGUCUCCUAUCGUAUGUGCACAAUAUGGUUGGCAUUGUGUGGAUAUCAAUCAAAUUCAAUGCACAAGUUGUGAAGAGAUCAUAGCCCUGUCAGGAGAAAAAUCAGAAGAAGAAUACAUAAUUUCAAUCCAGUCAAAAGGUCACAAUCCCAUUUGCAAAUGGGCAUCCAACCCCGUUCCCAACAGUCUAGCUCACAAGAUUGAAGAUGUGAAGAGUGUUCUACUGUGCAACGCCAAGAAAGUGAUGGAAUGCUCGGAAAGUAACAAGAAAUUCAAAGCAGAAGAAUUGUUUGGUGUCAGUAAUUUUUCAGUUCCGGAUUAUGAGGAGAUGGAUGAGCAGCGAUCGGUGCUCAUGGAAUCAAUUCGCAAUAUUACAAACAACAUAUCGUGUUGUGAUCGCAUACUUGAUCUCUCGAUGUUCGGCUGGAAGCUAAAAUCAGAGAGUGUGAUAAGCUGUGAUAAGUGCAAGCGACGCGCAAGAGCCUCAAACUUCAAAGACAAGCCAUUCGACCCUUCAAAGCAACAUUUCUACUGGUGCAGCUGGAUAUGCAGUUCCUAUGAUGACAAAGAGUCUGAACCGGGCUGGUCUAGAAAUUUGAAGGCCAAUGUGAGAAGUCCCUUCAAACUGAACAAAUCAGAUGUGGCCUGUGAGCAUGGCAUUGAAUCAGUGAAAGCUGUUCGAACUUUGUUCAGAGCACUCUAAAUUAUUAUGCUCGAGUGUUCCUGAAAUGAAUAUGAGGAACCGCCAUACGAAUAUGCUGACAUUCGAAAACUGACAUGCUGCAAACUAACUUGAAAAGGCGAGUCUUUUGACUAUGAACAUCGGUAACACACUAAAGAGAAUAUUGAACUUUGUAGUUUUUUAGAUAACCUUAAAUGUUGUCAGUGAUCUAUUGUGUUAUUUUUGAUGGAAUUUCAGUUUCAAGUUUCCACGUGC